AUGGCCGACAUGCAGCAGAACUUUGCCCAGAUGAACGUCAACAAGAACAACGGAGAGCUGCCCCCACAGAUCGUGGUACCUAACAACAAGGCACAGGUGAACGUAGUUAACCUAAGGAGUGGCAAAACUUUGCCUGAAGUAGUGCAUAUUCCUGAAGAAGAGUCUGAGCCCACAGACGUUGAAGAAAAGGUGGAUGAGGAGAUAGAGAUGGUGAAACCACCUGCCUCAGAACUAAAGGAGAAGGAUGAUAUGCCCAAAGCCGAAGAGAAAUCAAAGCAUUACGCACUAUGCCCAAAAUGCGCCAAGUUUCUUAAGGAGAUUCGUACCAAGAAGGUUAUGUACACGGAUGAUGCGAAGUUCCAUGUGGGAGAGCAGGUGUCGGCUGUACUCAAGAGGGAUAUGUCCACAAAGUGCAAAGAUCCGGGGAUGUUCUGCAUACCAUGCAUCAUUGGAGACACAAGGAUCGAGCAAGCUAUGCAGGACCUAGGCGCAUCAAUCAAUGUUAUGCCUUUGACCAUUUACCAGGAGCUGAAGAUAGGACCAGUCAAACCUACACGAGUGGUGAUCCAAUUGACGGACAGGUCAAGUGUGUACCCUGAGGGCAUAGUGGAGGACGUUCUUGUCAAGGUUCAAGACCUUAUCUUUCUAGACGACUUCUAUGUGCUCAACAUGGGGGGUUCCAAGGCAAAGCCAGCAGUGAUGCUUCUGGGCAGACCAUUCUUCAAGAUGGCUCAAACCCAGAUUGACAAUGCAAUCGGGAAGCUAACGUGCCAAUUUGAUGGAGAAACUGUGACUUUCAACUUGUUCAAGGCAACUAAGCAUCCCACUGAUAUUGAAAGCGUGGAGUUCGUUGAUGUCAUGGAUCGAGUGGUGGACCAUGCUGUUCCCUCUAUGCACAGAAACGAAGAAUAUGACUUAGAGAACGAGAUGGAAUUAAUGGAGGCUAUGAUCGGAGACUUUGAGCAGAGGAAGGCAGAGCAUAUGCAACCUCAAGUCCAUCAAACCUUUGAGGUCACAUCCUCAGGAGAGGAGGACAGGCUACUACCGUCCCUGGUCAGAGUGCCUAAGCUUGAGUUGAAGUCGCUCCCCAAUCACUUGAAGUACAUCUAUUUGGGGGAGAAUCAGACUUUUCCUGUGAUCAUAAGUUCAAAGCUGAGCCCAGAGCAGAAGGGGAGAGUCUAG